UCUCUUUUCUCACUCUCCGAUUUCUGAUUUCCCCAAAUCUGAAAAUUAGAAUCCUAACUCGGUGCGUCGCCAUCUCCGAUUUUUUAUUGGGUCUUUUUCCUCUACUUGCUUCGCCAUUCUUCAUGGAUGCAGUAUCGUCUCCAUGCCCUUCUACCCCUCAAUGGAACUACGACAGACCUUUCCUCACCGGCCAAUUUCACCAGGACUCAAAGGGGCAUUCAGUGGAUAUAGGUUUGGAAUCUGAGAAGCCGAUAGGUUGCUACAAUGCUUCUGUUCAGGAACUAAUUGUAAUCGAUGAUCUACUAUCUGCUUUAGUUGGGAUUGAGGGACGAUAUAUUUCUAUCAAUAGAGUUGGAGGGAAUGAUGACUCUUUUAUCUUCAAUGUUGAUGGAUCUAUGGAUUUGGCACUCCAGGAAUCAUCGAAAAGAAUAUUCCCUUUAUGCAAGAGCUAUUUGAUUAUCAAUCAGUUUGUGGAAUCAAGAUCACAGUUCAAGUCUGGAUUAGUUAAUCAUGCCUUUGCUGCUGCACUAAGGGCCCUCCUUUUGGAUUAUCAAGCCAUGGUGGCACAGCUUGAACAUCAAUUUCGACUAGGAAGACUCUCAAUACAAGGAUUAUGGUUCUAUUGUCAGCCAAUGAUGGGAUCAAUGCAAGCAUUAUCAACAGUAAUAAGGAAGGCAUCAGCAAGUAAUUUUGUGGGUUCUGCAGUUCUUAACCUUUUACAGAGUCAGGCCAAGAUAAUGGCUGGUAACUAUUUGGUGAGAUCAUUGCUUGAGAAGAUGAUAGAGUCUGCAAAUUCUGCUUAUCUUGGCAUACUUGAAAGGUGGGUGUAUGAAGGAGUUAUUGAUGAUCCUCAUGAUGAGUUCUUCAUUGCUGAGAACAAAUCUCUCCAAAAAGAGAGUCUGACCGAAGAUUAUGAUGCUAUGUAUUGGAGACAAAGAUACAGUCUGAAAGAUGAUAUCCCUUCUUUCCUUGCAAAUUCAGCUGAAACCAUUUUAACAACAGGGAAAUCUUUGAAUGUCAUGAGAGAAUGUGGCCACACUGUUCAGGUGCCUGCAUUGGAGAAUUCAAAAUUGAUGAACUUUGGGUCGAAUGAUCACUAUCUUGAAUGCAUUAAAUCUGCUUAUGAUUUUGCUAGUGGCGAAUUACUAAAUCUCAUGAAGGACAAGUAUGACCUGAUUGGAAAGCUGCGUUCUAUUAAGCAUUAUCUUCUUCUGGAUCAGGGUGAUUUCUUGGUUCAUUUUAUGGAUAUUGCACGUGAUGAACUUGAUAAAACACCAAAUGAGAUCUCUGUUGAGAAGCUUCAGUCUCUGUUGGACCUUGCACUGCGUUCGACAGCAGCUGCAGCAGAUCCUUUGCAUGAAGAUGUCACAUGUUCUGUGGACACAGGUUCUUUGUUAAAGAGACUGAGCAUUCUGAAAGAUCUUCAAACAGGUGGUGGUGGUGGUGAGUCAGUUUCAGAGGCUGAUGUUGUAGAAGAAGAGCCCUUGAUCACUGGUAUGGAAACCUUCUCUGUUAAUUACAAGGUUCAAUGGCCAUUAUCCCUUGUGAUAUCAAGAAAAGCUCUGACAAAAUAUCAAUUAAUUUUUCGAUUUCUGUUUCAUUGCAAACAUGUGCACAGACAACUUUGUGCAGCUUGGCAACUACAUCAAGGUGCACGUGCACGUGAUAUGCAUGGAACUGCAAUCUCUACAUCAUCAAUACUAUGCAGGAAUAUGCUUAAAUUUAUCAAUAGCCUUCUACAUUAUCUAACAUUUGAGGUUCUUGAACCAAAUUGGCAUGUUAUGCAUAAUAAACUUGAGAAUGCAAAGAGCAUAGAUGAGGUAAUUCAAUAUCAUGACUUUUUCAUGGAAAAGUGUCUCAAGGAAUGUUCACUUCUUUCUCCAAUCCUCCUCAAGAAAUUUGAGAAACUGAAACUCGUAUGCCUUCAGUAUGCUUCUGCAACUCAGUGGCUAAUGAGCUCCAUUGAAGCUCCGGAUUCAAACAGUUCCUUUGAUGAUUUGGAUUCAUCUUCCUUGGAAAAUCUAAAGGUUUUGAAGCUAAGAAAGUCUUCCAAAAAACCAAAUUCACCCACAGAUGAGUCUACAGUCAUCGAAUGUGUCCUGAAAUUUGAGAGGGAGUUCAGUAGUGAGCUGGAGAGUUUAAGACCAAUAUUGAGCAGCAGGGCACAAGCAGAACCAUAUCUGACUCAUCUUGCACAGUUGAUUCUUGGUGUUGGUAUGGAUCACCACAUCUAGAUUUUUUUUAGUAGUUUUUUCCUUCAAUUUUACAGUUUGCUUGUUGGUUGUUGUUUGUAGUGGUUUUUUUGUAUAUAUCUGUUUUGGAAUGAGAGUGUUUUUGCUUGCAUGAUUAACCACUUGUGUAGAUUUCAUAGUAGUAGUAAAACAUGGAUCAUCUGGAUUUAAUUUAGCCAAACACAAUUUGUUUCUUGUUAUUAAAAUGUAUGGAGUUUUUAUUGAUUGAAAGUAUGUCAUGCCU